CUCUUCUAUGAAUCCAGCGUCAAGCCACACUCAAGUUUCAUCAGGUCCUAUCUGGCCUGAUCCAACUCCUUUCAGCCGCCCAGCCUGAGGUGCAAAGCGGCUUCGUGCUGUGUUGCUGGAGACAUCCAGAAAGGGCCCUCCCUUCGGAAAGGGCAUAAAGCCACUUGCAAUCACAACACAGCACUCCAGGAGCAAAAAGGUGCUGAGAGGAGCCUGCCCGUUGUCGGAGGGGGAGAUUCAGAUCUGGACAGACGCGAGAGACACUGUGGAGGUGGUUUUUCGACAUGAAGCUGGCAGCAAAUCUUGUCUGUUUGUUCGCAUGCCUCACAGCAGUGGCCUGUGACCGCGUCUAUGUCCACCCCUUCAAUUUGUUUUCUUUUAACAAGAGUACCUGCGAGGAGCUGGAGAACCUGGUCCAGGAAGGAAAGAAGACGUUUGUCCCUGUCUCAAUCGAGUCCCAAACCAGACCUGCCUAUGAAGAUCACCUGAAUGACAUAGUCAAGCUGGAAACCAUGAGCUUGAGCAUCAGAGAGAGGCAGAGAGUGAGCUGCCUGAAGGACUUUGUCUAUGUCUUAGGUGCACGGUUUUACAGUGAGCUGAAGGAAGCACACAGAGGCCAAAACCUCCUCCUGUCACCAACCAGUGUCUAUGGCUCCUUGGUGUCCUUCUACCUAGGUGCGUCAAACCAGACGGCAACUGAUUUGCAGGGUUUGCUGGGAUUUGUUAGCCCCUCUGGAGACCCUGACUGCACUUCCACAGUCGAUGGACACAAAGUCCUUUCAACCCUGAGGACUAUCGAAAGCCUCCUGGUCAAGAACAGGGAUAAGGAGUUGCUCUUUUCCAAGACGCUCUACCUGUUCUCUGCCCCCAGGGUGCCUUUGUCUGAAUUAUUUGUGCAUGACUUGGUCCCUUCUGCCAACGCGCUCUACGUUCGAGCCGUCGAUUUCACAAACCCAGGUGCGGCAGCAAAACAGAUAAACGCCUUUGUGGAGGCCAAAAGCGGGGGCCGAAGCAAGCACUUACUGGCAGACCUCGAUCCAGCCACCAGCCUGCUGUUUGCAGCAGACUUUCACUUGGCAGUCACUAUUAAGAAAGCCUCGCGGCUGAAAGAGCCUCAGAAAUUCUGGGUUGAUUCAAACACCAAGGUCUCAGUGCCUGGGAUGUCAGUGAUGGGGACGUUCAAGUACAAAACUGACGCCAGCAAGACCUUCGCUGUGAUUGAAGCUCCCGUCAGCAAGAACGCUCUGCUAGUGCUGGUGCAGCCCAUUAAUGGCAAUGACCUGGACAAGAUAGAGGCCAAGCUUCCCGUGCAAUCCUCCGCCUGGCUUCAGGAUUUGUCUCCAAGACAAAUCAAAUUAACUUUGCCGGAGUUAACAGUAGAAGGCAACUCUGAUCUUCAGGAACUUCUUACAGAUAUGAAACUACCUGCAUUGCUGGGGAAGGAAGCAGAUCUCAGUAAAAUAAGUGAGGCCAACCUAACUGUUGGAAAGAUAGUAAAUAAAGCCCUUCUCAAACUCAACAGUGAUGGAGCAGGUCAAUCAGAAGAUCCUGCAACACAAAAGGAAGAUUUGGGGCUUCUGGAAGUAACGCUGAACAAGCCAUUCCUUUUAGCUGUUUUUGAAGAGAAGUCCAAGGCAAUGCUUCUUCUAGGCAGAGUAACAAACCCGCUGAGCAGGGUUUAAAUGCAAGCACUGAAAAGGGGUGGGGGGUGAGGGGGAAAUAAAUGGUGCAUGCUCCGUUUCCCAUCACCUUUUUUGUAUUCAUUAGCUGUUUUUAUGAUCUUGUUGAGUACUUAGCUUUGAGAAAAAGCAGAUAAUAUUUGCAAACAGAGCUUCUUAAAAGCUACAAAAUUGCCUGCAACAUUCCAUCUUUUUUCACCUUUUUAAUGUGAGAUGACUCAAACUUUCUCCAUCUCCUCUUCUUUCCCUCUUCCCACUUUCUCACUUCGCUCCCCAGUUCCUUUAAGGCAGUGAGUACAAAACAGUAGUCAGCAAGACAUUGACUUUAAAAAAUAAAGUUCUGUGAAGGGCAAGCAGCAUUUACUACAGAAAGGUCCCAAAAAAAGGGAUUUAAUUUUUCCUUAAGAGGUCUUUUUUUUUUUUUUUUUUUAAGUUUGGUCGGUUUUGCAGGAGGGACCCUCUUUUAAGUUACAGGGAAAGUUUUACAGUUAUCGACAAGGAUUUCUAGCUUGCUCAGUCACAUUUUCCUUUAAAAUGCUGCCUGCCCAUGGUGUUGGCUUUACUUGGCCCACUGAGAAAAUAUUUUGCCUUGGAAGCAAAAAUACAUUUGUAGAAAGUUUCUUCUUUCUGUAGCCUAAAUAGAUAUGCCUAUUUAACUCUAUGGAUAAGCUAAAAAUAGGGCUCAGCAGCACUAAUGAACUGCAGUGGAGAAAUUCUCAUACCCUGAUAGAAGUAUAUGGAUUUUUUUGGUUUUAAGAAAAAAAAUAAGGCCUACUAUUUCAACACCAUCGCAUUACUUUAUAAGCAUUUAUUAUAGCCUUAUAAUGAAAAACAUUACUACUGGUUAGGAGCCUGGAUCUGAAAACCUUAACAUACCCAAAUCACGUGUUCUUAAAUACUAUUUUUAUUGGAGUUAUCUGUACUAAUGGCAGGUGUGCCACUACAUGAGUAAAAGAGGUUUCCAAGGUCCAAUUCUCUUCUUAGAAGUCAUAUAUGUUUAAAAUGUUAAACUGGAACAACCAGACUUGGAUUUUGAAUCAGGAAGAAAAGAACAGGGAGUAAAAUCUUGGUACUAGGAAAGUCUACGGGAGCUCCGCCUUUGAUAUCAGUGGAGCAAGCAUUUCCACCCAUCUUUAUAGAUUUGUCUUUAGCGAUGAUGGCAUUUGGAUAGUAAUUGCAAACCUCUUUGGUACGGUAGCUCAUUGUCAUCCAUCGUGGCCCAAAUUUCUAAGCAACUCAGAAUCACUAAUACCAGUAGUCUCCUAUCAGUGGUAUAGAUCCAUGACAGAUCCUUCCACCUCAGUGGAAGACUUAAUGAAUAGCACAACCCACUACUGGGAAUACUAGGAUUGCAAAGGCUAUGAUGUAGCAUCCAUAUGUUUAUCUGAUUAUACUGUAUGUAUUCCAGAUGCUCUAACAUCUAAAUUUUGUGCUUGUGUUGUACGCAGAAGUAGUCUAAUCGCAGAUGUGCGGAGAGGAAAAAUGCAAAUAAAACUACUUACAAAUUGCUUUAA